AUGCAAGCCAUUAAACUGCAAAGAAAGUACCCUCAAGUAACCCAGGAGGAAAUGUACCAACUCAUCGAUCGCUUCAACGCGAUCGACACGGAUACGCCAGGUCGAGUAGCCAAAGCUAACGUCAUUCAGAGCCUACAGCAGAGCGGAGAGGCAUCCUACGACCUAGCUCGCGAGACUCUGAAGACAGUGAGCGUCGAUGCCAGUGGUAAAGUGGAGCUGGAGGAUUACGUCGAUCUUAUUACGAAAUUGAAGUCUCAGGCCCUUCAGAGUAUCUUACCCACCAAAGCGGGAAAGGUGACAGUGAAAGGGACAACCGAAGCAUCGAGUCACACCAUUAACCAGGAAGAGCGGACGCAAUUUACGGCACACAUUAACGGAGUAUUGGAAGGUGAUACAGAUGUUGGCCAUCGCUUACCUAUUCCGACGGAUACUAUGCAACUGUUCGAUGAGUGCAGAGACGGUCUUAUUCUUUGCAAACUGAUUAAUGAUUCUGUUCCGGACACCAUCGACACUCGUGUCCUUAAUCUCCCUCAGCCAAGGAAGCCCCUUAAUGCAUUCAAAAUUACUGAGAACAACAAUGUCGUCAUCACCUCCGCGAAAGCCAUAGGGUGUUCCGUGGUAAACAUUGGGUCGUCUGAUAUCUCUGAAGGGAGAGAACAUUUGAUUCUUGGGUUAAUCUGGCAAAUCAUUCGUCGGGGGCUACUUAGUCGAAUCUCAUUGAAGGAGCACCCUGAAUUGUACCGCCUGUUGGAAGAUGGCGAGACGAUCGAGGAGCUAUUGAAACUCCCUCCAGAUCAGAUAUUGCUGAGGUGGUUCAACUACCACUUAAAGGCGGCAGGCUGGCAUCGCAGAGUCAACAACUUCAGCAAGGAUGUCAAGGACGGAGAAAAUUACACUGUCCUCUUAAAUCAACUGAAGCCGGCCGAAUGCUCCCGUGCGCCACUCCAGAUAAGAGACCUUACGCAACGUGCCAUUCAGAUCCUGGAUAACGCUGAGAAAAUUGGCUGCCGAAAAUACCUCACACCACCCGCACUAGUAGCUGGCAAUCCACGUCUUAACCUUGCGUUCGUCGCGAACCUCUUCAACACUCACCCCUGCCUUGAGCCCGUGGAGCCGGAGCAAAUCGCCGAGAUCGUGGAAGAUUUUGAUGCCGAGGGGGAGAGGGAGGCUCGAGUGUUUACCCUCUGGCUUAACUCAUUGAAUGUUGAGCCCGCAGUCUACAACCUCUUCGAGAAUCUGAAAGAUGGAUAUGUUAUUCUUCAAGCUUUUGAUAAGCUUAUUCCGGGUUCUGUAGUAUGGAGACGUGUCACGAAGCCCAAGCCUGUCUCGGCCGUUGAAGCCGCGCUCCCGGAGGAUGAAGAUGAAGAUGCGCCUCCCCCACUUCUCGGCAUCUCGCGCUUCAAAGCGGUAGAGAAUACGAACUACGCAGUUGAUCUAGCGAAAGCCAACAGGAUGCAUAUGGUUGGAAUCCAAGGAGCCGAUAUUGUUGAUGGGAGGAAGACACUUAUCCUUGGUCUUGUUUGGCAACUCAUGCGCUUAAAUAUUACCCAAACACUUGCCUCGCUCAGUUCUAGUGGACGCCCGCCAUCCGAUCAAGAUAUGCUUAGAUGGGCUAACGACACUGUUCGCAACUCGACUUCCCCUAAUAAGCCCAGGCCUGCCGCGCAGAUUCGCAGCUUCAAAGAUCCUGCUGUUUCGGAUGGCUUGUUCUUCUUGGAUUUGCUUGAUGCCCUCACCCCUGGUAUCGUCGACUAUUCAAUGGUGUAUCUACUAACUUCUCUGUGCACGAUCUCAGCAAAGUUGGCAAUCUCUAUUGCUCGAAAGUUGAAUGCCUUGAUUUUUCUUGUACCUGAAGAUAUUGUAGACAUCCGGCCGCGAUUGAUCCUCACAUUUGUCGGUAGUUUGAUGACUGUCAAGCGUUAA